AUGGCGUCUGGCCACAACCCCAAGGACCCCUGCUCCAAGGCCCAAGAUGAUAAGCCUGCUCCCCUCAGCGGUCGCAAGGCUACUGAAAAGACCCAUCAUAUGGGCAAACAAACCUCCAAAACACACAUGACGGACAGGUUGCGUCCUGUCACUGAUGAGGACGUGGGGCCCCCAC